AUGGCAGGAAUCAAAGUUGUUAAAUAUCUGAUAUUCUCCAUCAACUUUCUUUUUUCCGUGGCUGCUCUUAUCGUCUUCGGCUUGUCGGUGAACGCCAGGAUCCAUAGGGUGUACUAUCACAUCACUGACGACGCUCUCCAAGCCGUUGACCUCCUGAUAGUUAUCGCCGUGGUGACUCUGAUUUUCUCUUUCCUCGGCUGUUAUGGAACGGUCAGGGAGAGCCGCUGCCUGCUCAUCCUGUUCUUUGUGGGUCUGCUCAUCGUGUUCCUCAUGCUGUUGGCUGUGGUCAUGUUGGGGGCCAUUGCCAGAAGACCAGCUUUCCAUGAGGAGCUGAAAAAUGAAAUUAAGCAGCAGCUUCUCCCGCUGAGUGAACAGCCGGAGGACAUCCAGGAGGAUCUUCACGAGGUGGAGAGAAGCGGCUUCUGCUGUGGCCUGGUCGACGGGUAUCUGGACUGGGGCGAGGUGGCGCCGGACUCAUGUACCUGCAGGGAUGCAACCAGGAAGUGCGAGGUAGUGGACGGACGAGAGAUCUACUCCACACCGUGUUUGUCGUAUAUAUUGACGAUGGUGGACAUUGUGGUGGUGACACUCAUGACCACGGGGUGUGUGCUCGGUGCACUGACAAUCCUCGAGAUGGUUUUAUCUUUAGUGUUGAUUUGUAAGAGCUGAGAAUCUGCCUGAAUCUGUUGAUUCAACAUUCAACAGAGUGAUGAUCUAACCAACUUUGCAACGAUCACCAGGAGUUACUUUAAGUAAGAGCUUUGGUCUGGGCAGAAAUAGUUUCAGAAAUAGUUUUGUUUUUUUUGUUUUAUAACCACUGAUAAUUCUGCAUCAUUGUUGAUGUCACAUUCUGUUUAUUAUCUGUUGUAAGCUGCUGCAUUUGUUUUAUUGUAAUAACCGCUGUG